ACCGUAUGCAGAGGAGUGGCCAAUAGUAUUGGAGGAGUGACAAACGACCAAGCCAAGGAAAAGGAUUUUGGACAUGACCUUGGACUUGCCCCACGACUCCAGAAAACAACGUCAUUGCUGGAGACACAUGGUGUUGAAUAUGGGACUGCACCUCUCGACUGUUGUUUCUGGUUCUUGUUGCCUUCUCUUGAUUGUUUGACUGAUUGACCUACCUGCAACUUCUCAGAAACACACUUGGUCACUGAGCAAAUUUCCAUACAAGCAAACGAGAAUGUCCACCGGAAACCCCAACUACGGCGUCGGCGGCACCGCCCAAGACGGAGGUCUCUCAACAGCUGACACUGUCCGCGACGGAGGCCCAGAUGGCGGAAACCGUGGCUCAGACGAUUCUUAUGUUCCUUCCUCUGAAGGUGGACGUCAGACGAGGAGUAAGACUAGCGCCAUCGCAUCCGAUGUCUCGGCCCGCGAGGGUAAAUCCUCCAACGAAGUUCGACAGGCCGUUCUCGAUGGGAAUGCAGCGAGUGGAGGGAAUGGAGCGCAUGUUGGGAAUCCGAAUCGGAAUGUUGGAGGGACUGCCGGUGACGGAGGCGUGAGUACCGCGGACACAGUGGCGGAUGGGGGACCUAAUCCGGCGGAAGAGGACUCGACAUACAAGCCUUGAAGGACGAGAUGUGUUCGGUCUGCGAAUGGCUCUCUGAGGACUUUUGUGAUAUUCGUCGGAAUCCAGCUGUACGAUAUGUAUCAGUUCAACUUUGCAGCAGAGCUUUCUGCUCCUUCCCAUCACUACUCAUUACCUAUUCCCAG